AUGAUCCCCUCCUCACCCUACUCGCUGUCACCUCGACGGCCCCGUUCGCCACCUCUACGUGCUCCCUCACCACUAGGUCAAGCCAGUCUCAUUCUCCACGCUGAUGGGGUGAGUUCCCUACAUCCCCCUCGGUGUCGCAGCGGCCGUGUUGUAGCGUCCGCGUUUCCGUGUUUCAGAGGUCCGGUCGCUCGGCUUGCUUGCGUCAUACACGCCGGCAGUGUAUACGCGAUCGUACUCCUCGAUCUACGAGGAGGGAUCGGCGUUCGUGUACCUUUCGAGGGGUUCGCGCUCCUUCGAGACCUCGUUUCGUGUUGGUGAAGCCUGAUUUGGUCUCACGGUAUCUGAUCACGUCACCUCACUCGCGCAGAGCUUCGUCCCGCUCCCACAUUAUCGAUGUUCGACCGUUCCGGCGGGGUGGAUUUCGCCGGCCUCGCCACAACGGCCAUCCAGUCCGGUAAGUAUAACACUUGAAAGUCGGUCCUCGGGAAGGAGGAAGUGCGGUAAUUAUGCCGCUGACCUGUAGAGGAGCGCCUGGCUUGCGAUCAUUGCUUAUGGAACAGAAUUCGGGCUCGCCGCCACUACGUCCACCUUUACUAGUUGAGUCGGCCUUGAAUGAAUAGUUCACGCUUGCUCCAUACUCGACGCACUUUUCCCCCUCGAGGAAUGAACUUAAUCAUCACCUUGGCCCAUUCGCAGGUCGCUCAAUCCAUCUCGAGACAAGAGUUGCAAAAGAUCAACUGCGACGAACUGCAGUUGCGCCUCGGGAACGUCCUACUCGAGUUUCAGAAACAGGCCUUGGCGUUACGGGCGAUUCAGACCAAGAUCAGUAGGAGGUGAGAUGCGCCUUUAUCUACUGGGGCUCUUUGAGUGUUCUUCUGUUGACUGAUGCGGUCGUUUUUUCGGCUGGGCUCUGAAAGUUGGACGGUCCCUCAACGAGCCGUUAGGGGUCGGAUGAAACUCAUCAUCGAGCAGUAGGUCACCAGUUCACAUUUAUCUCACCUCUCCUCAUCAUCUUCACUCAACGACUUCCUCCCCGAACAGAUUCACCACGAACGCGACCUACCUCUCCAAGUACCUCUCCUCUAUGGCCAUAGCCUCGCGUCAAAUCCUCCACUUCAUCGCGACCUGUAUCCGCGAAACGCACGGCUUGACCGACUUCAACCACGUGCAGGAUCUGAAACCGGUGAUUGACGAAUUGAGGUUAUUGCAUACCCAAUGGGCGGCACUGACAAGAGCGAACGAGGUGUUUGGGGAGACGUUGAGUAAUGCGACGAUGGUAGGUUGAAGGGCUGGACAGGUUUGGGCGAAGCCUAACUAAUGGAAUUCGCUGCUUCGCAGUUGUUCGAAGAGGCGAUGGAUCCGGAUCACUGGAGUGAGUCAGGAACCUGAGCUUCCCCUCAAAAGCAUCUUCGCAACCACCUCACCUCUGACACGGUCGCUUUGGCAUCUCUAGUCCCGACCUCCCCCCUCUCCCUCGAAACCACUUCCCUCGCCUCCUCGCACAACGCCCUCACCCUCGCCUUUUCCCACGUCUCGACCUUUCUUCAUUCUCUCGCCAUCACCGAAUGGCAACCCCCUCUUCUCUCCCCCAACGACGUCAAACUCGCCGCCGGUCAAUGGAGGGACGUCGAACGGGUCAGUGCGCAAGCCGCUAAAGAGGUUAGGGGUCCCGUCAAGGGCGUUUUGGAAGGCGCGGUGGUGUGUGCUUUCGUGGCUAGGGAAGAGGCGGAGAGGGUUUGGAAGGCUUUCGGCGAAGGCUUGGUCGUCGUCGUCGGAGGUACGUUACCGAGACCUUUUGCGCCCGUUUGGGAGUGGACCGGAGCGGGGGAGAUGAUGCUGGAGGGGAGAGGCGAGGCGAAUCAGAGUUCGGUAGUGGACGGGCAGGAUCAAAAAUCGCCGAUCGGAGUGGAGACCGUCGACUCGAUCGAAGCUGCCGCAGUCUCGGGUGCUACAACAACUUCGGAAACACCUCCACUGCCACCACCGACAAACACUCGCCAAACCCAAGUACCACUCAACGAGGAACAAGCCUCCGUCGCCGCCGCCAUCGCCGGUGAAAGCAUCCUACGACCCCUCUCGACAACGCCUUCGUUUCGGUAA